CUCAAAGACAUUUACAUGUUCACUGUUUAAUUCUCACUCUCUCCUUGGAACUUCAUGCCUGUAAUUUUCCAGAUUUUGUGUUUUACCUGCUUAAUCCUGAUUGACUGUUUAAGUAGACGUUUGACUGACUGGCUGAUCUGCUCCUUCACACGCACUGAGGACGUGUCAAUUGUGGUAUUGGAUUAAGGGUGCGUUCAUGUUGAGGCCUUUAGGAAAGGAGGAGGGAACCCUUGGUCUGUAGUUCCACCCAGAUAGGUGGGGGCUAAGGGCUUGGUCAUAUUAGGUUUCUCUUAUAAAAACAAUACUCGAUGCGUCUCCUGUUCACUUCUGUGGAAGCCUUUAACUGCUGCUCCGGAAUAUUUACAGUCCACAGAGGAACACUUUGAACUCUUUGUGAGGACAUUACAAGGUCUGUGUUGGAGGAAUCAGGGAAUUUUCCAGGUGACUAUAGGAUCAUGUUGGACGGUCUUCUUCAGUCCUCCACUUCAGUCUCCCUGCUGGGGGCCAUUGUGGUCCUGCUGGUCCUCCUUCUUUACUCCACCUUCAGCUCCCAGGAAAAUCGGACUGAGCCUCCAGGACCUAAACGUCUUCCCCUGCUUGGUAACCUGCUUCAGGUGGAUCUGAAGAGACUCGACAGCACUCUUUUUGAUCUGUCCAAAAAAUAUGGACCGGUGUUCACAGUCUACUUUGGACUUAAGAAGGUGGUGGUCCUGGCAGGAUACAGGACAGUCAAACAAGCUCUGGUCAACCAUGCUGAGGAGUUUGGAGACAGAGAGGUCACUCCCAUAUUCUACGAUUUCAACAAAGGACAUGGCAUACUAUUUUCCAAUGGCGACUCGUGGAAAGAAAUGAGACGUUUUGCUCUGACUACACUGAGAGAUUUUGGGAUGGGCAAGAGGAUUAGUGAAGGAAAAAUCAUUGAGGAAUGUAAUUACCUGACUGAAGAAUUUGAACAACAUGAAGGUAAAGCCUUCAACAACACCCGGGCAAUUAAUUAUGCAUCUUCAAAUAUUAUAUCAUCUCUCAUGUUUGGGAAGAGGUUUGAAUACAAAGACCCUGACCUCCAGACUAUGGUGGAAAGAGAUCAUGAGACCAUCCAUCUGACGGGAUCAGUUUCCAUCCUGAUCUACAACAUAUUCCCUUGGCUGGGCCCUUGUCUUAAAAACUGGAGGUAUUUGAUGAAGAAUGUGGAAGACGGUAUUGUGGACGCAAAAAGGAUUAUAGCAGAUCUGAAGGAGACUCUGAACCCUGAGACGUGCAGAUGCUUUGUUGAUGCUUUCCUGACCCGUAAGCAAAGUCUGGAGGAGUCUGGAAUUAAGGAUUCACACUACCAUGAUGACAACCUGAUAUACAGUGUGACAAAUUUGUUUGCAGCUGGGACUGAUACCACAGGAAAUUCUCUUCAGUGGUGUCUACUUUUCAUGGCCAAGUACCCUCAUAUUCAAGACCAGGUCCAAGAGGAGCUGAGCAGGGUGGUGGGAAGCCGUCAGGUCCGAGUAGAAGACAGGAAGAACUUGCCGUACACAGACGCUGUCAUCCAUGAGUCACAGAGAAUGGCUAACAUUGUUCCCAUGGCCAUUCCUCACAAAACCAGCCAGGACAUCACCUUCCAGGGCUACUUCAUCAAAGAGGGAACGACUGUGCUUCCUCUCCUUACUUCUGUCCUGUAUGAUGAGAGCGAGUGGGAGAGCCCACACACUUUCAACCCUUCCCACUUCCUGGAUGGGGAGGGUAACUUUAUCAGGAGAGAUGCCUUCAUGCCCUUUUCUGCAGGUCGCAGGGCGUGCCCCGGAGAGAGUCUGGCCAGAAUGGAGCUCUUCCUCUUCUUCACCUCCCUCCUCCAGCACUUUCGCUUCACUCCUCCACCCGGAGUUACAGAGGAUGAACUGGAUCUUACACCAGUUGUGGGCUUCACCCUGACCCCUUCACCUCAUGAGCUGUGUGCUGUCAGUCGCCAGUGAACACAAAUACAUACACACACACACACACACACACACACACACACACACACACACACACACCACAAUCUUUUCAUCCGAAUGUAUCACCCAACCAGUGACAUCAAUAUUUAAUGAAUUUCAAUUGUAUAAGCUAAAGCCACUUUGGAUCAAAGCAUGCCAUAGUUAAUUUUUCCUGGUUCACUUCAGACUUUUUAACAAUUUUGGUUGACCUGCCGUACUCACAGCGCUGCUGACUUUCCCCAGUCACUGAUCCCUCAGUUCUAAUCCUUAGAUGUUCACAGCCAAUUUGCAGGACUUUCACACCGUUUCUUUGUGAUCUUGCUAAACACUGACAUGGUAAGGCCAAAGCAAAGAAAAGCUUUAAAUUUGCACUUGCCAUAUUCUUUUGUUAAGAUCUUAUUCAUGAGGCCAAUUCAUGGUGGAAAUUCUUGUGAGCUAAGGGAAGGUGAUCACCAGAUUUCAGAUGUCAGAUAUUGUUGGCAUAAAUAUUUAUUGAAAGCUUGACAGGCCAAACGAUGAGCAGUACAAUGUCAGCAAGUGAACCAAAGUCAUGUCCUUUCCAACAAGUAACCCAGGUUAAAUCACAUUUUGUACCAUACCCAAAUAAUGUGUGUCUGAAUGUUUUUAUUUGCUUGUAAAUGCAUGUCCUUGUGUGUCUUGAAAGGCACUUAUAAAUAAAAUGUAUUAUUAUAA